AUGUCGUCGCAGCAUCUUGACGAGAUGGCUCCAUGGGGCAACUUGGAGUAUCGUGCACCGAAGCCUCCAAGGUUUGAGCUGGUUCAAAACAUCGAGAUUUUCUUUGAAGAGAAAUUAUAUACCCAAGCACUGAAUCUCCUCUUCAAUACCCUUGCUUCUGGCAGCUAUGCCUCGCCCGAGUGCAUUAUCCCUCUACCUCCGCAUCUCGCUAUAGCGGUCACUUUUCUCGUACAUCCAUCUACGACUACCCGAGCCUCUUCGGACGAGGAAAAAGAGGUCGCGCAUAUCGCUCUCCGACUCCUGCGACUUCUCGGUACUCUCCGAAACUCGAUAUUGCAUUUGCUUUUACACAUGAUCAGGCCUUGCGUUCGGGGGGGCAAAUUUCGCGCGCCAGGAGACGACAACGAAAGCCACGGACAUGAUGAUAACAAGCCGCUGAACAUCAAGCUCGGCAAAGAAGGUUCUCUAUGGUCUCGUGCGGAGGAUUUUUGGCAUGCCGUUGGCUGGACUUUUAACUGCUCCGUACUCCAUCAUGAAAGAUGGGAACGAUGGCAGAUUUGGCUGGAGUUCAUGUGUGAUGUACUCCAAGACGACUGGAAUGAACGAGAGCGCAUAUUCAGGGAAAGGAAAGCCGACGAAGGUGAUGGAAACACACAGCAGCGCGUUCCAAUCAAAAGAGGGACCGUAGACCAAUACCAAGAUCAUUCCUUGACGAUUCUUAAAGAGAGUUUGAUCUUUCGAUACAUCUCGGCUGGCAGUGGGACUGGCAAGUACCGCAGGGUCGUCAGGGCUAUCUUUGCAGAUGGUGGCACGAAUUCGCUCAAUGAAUUCCGCCAAGUUUUCCCCAAGGAACUCAAGCUGGCCAAGUCAGAUCGACAGGCCGAGAAGGCUAAAAAGAGGGAGCGCGACGUUAAUAUCGACAAGGAUGAGUACGGCGAUUAUCUAGCUCAGGAUGAGUCAGAUGAUGAGGCCACUACUGGCCUCGAACCGAGCAAGUCAAGUUCACAGUCAACGUCUCCUUCGGGCGCAGGCUCUAGACGGUCAAAGCGUACAAGGCGAGGUACGAGAAAUACGAAGGAUCCACUUGAUAACGAGCUCAUCGAUGAGAUUACUGGCCCGGAUCAAACCUUAACGCAACAUGAUGUUGGUCUUUCCCCCCUAGGUGGUCUAGAUUCUCUUGAUCUGCGCAAAAGACUUCUUGGCCUUUUGUCGAGAGUAUGUGAGCUGCUUCCGAAGGACUUCCUGGCAAUUGACGUUCUCGAUCACUACAUCAUUGAGAAUAUCCGCCAUCUGCCUUUACCGAUUUUCCAGGCCUUCAUCAGUCCAUAUGUUCUACCUGGUCUCCCUGAUAGAUCGCAGAGAGAUUCGUCGUCCGAUGAAGAACAAAAUCCAGGCGAAGAUGGAAGAAAUAUCCGCGGAGAAAGGUCGGAUGCAGAGCAAACUGUUUUGUGCGAACUUCUCCUGUUUAGUAUGCUUGAGAGUGCCGCGCCGAAAUCCGACCAACCUUAUCUAGAUCAGGAUAAGUUGGAGGAAUGCUUUCUUCCCUUCGCGGCCGCGAAUGCCAGUGUUGUCGACAAUGUCAAGGUGUCCAUUAUUCUCGAAGCGCUCAUGUUGCUCCUGGCUGGAAACGGGCUAUUGCGUUUCCGGCCCUCCUUAGAGAAUGCCGUCCAGAUUGGGUUGGGUAGGCGGGUCGAAAGAGCUGCGAUGGAGGCACGACGGAGCCAGGCAAAGAAAGAUCAGGAACCUCUUGAGACGUCCUGGUUGAUUGAGAGUGGUGAUAGAUUGCUUUUCCUCAUGGAAGUUUUGCAGUCGCAAGCGCAGUCGAUCACCUGA